CCGUCCUCCACCACGUGAUCUUCACUAGAUAUGAGACGACUUCGGAUUUUCCAUUUCAUGUUUUUUUUUUGUUUUUUUCUAUUUUAAGAAAUAAAGAAAUGAAAAGUUAAAAACAGUCAACGUAAUCAAAAUUACGGGUCACAGUUACCAUCUUCACCGUCCAUAUUCACACACGAUGCAUCAAAUCGCACCGCCAGGAACUCGUCUGUCGCAAGAGAAAACGGAGGGGGGACUGUAUCGUUAACAUUAUCAGAGUUGCUUUAUCAGCAUUUGAAACAAGGCACGUGUGAUAUUCCGAAAUAUUGCGGGUCCAUAUGAUGAUGUUUGGAGUUGAGUGAACCCUCAUUUUUAUCAUUUCCGUUUACGAGAAAACGAGACCCAAACAAGUCUCUACGUAUUGUUAUUAUUACACAUCAGAAAAAAAAAAUUUCUUCCCCUUUCGCUUCUUCUUCUCUUUCUUUCACUGUCUUCUUUUUUACUUCGAUUUACCGGAACCCUACCUCGAUCCGCGGGAAAAUUCAAGAGUCCGUAGAUGACCGUACGACUAGGGAAGAGUUGAGGUACGGCUUGGGAUUUCAUCACCGAAUGGAGGGAGGUAGCGUAUCUAGACUUACUUGCUCUGGGAUACACUCAUGGAUAAUGAUGAAAAUGAUUCCCAAAGCCACAAUCGUCAUUUAGCUGGUGAAGGGAACAAUAAAUUUCCUCCUGUUUUACGCCCUUAUGCUCUCCCAAGAUUUGAUUUUGAUGAUAACCUUCAUGGGCAUUUAAGAUUUGAUAGUUUGGUUGAAACUGAAGUUUUUCUUGGCAUUGAAAGUAGUGAAGAUAAUCAGUGGAUUGAAGAUUUUUCUCGUGGGGGUACUGGGAUUGCAUUUAGUUCAAGUGCAGCUGAAUCUUGUUCAAUUUCUAGGUGCAACAAUGUCUGGUCUGAGGCAGCCUCCUCAGAAUCUGUUGAAAUGCUAUUAAAGUCUGUAGGACAGGACGAAACUAUUCCUGUUCAGACUAUUAGUAAGAAUUCAGAUGCCUGUGAUGAACUGGGCUGCUUAAUAAAUCAGAUGGAGCCUACUUUGAAACAUGGAGAUGGUGGUCUUUCUAAAGUGGGGGAUGACUUACAGCCUGCAUUACAGUCAGGAGAGUUUCCAGGGAAACUUCCUGGGUUGAAAGAUGAUGUAGGAGGAGAUCAUCUGCUGGUUGAAGGUGUUUCUCAAAUGCAUGAAUUUGGCAUAUCUGUUGAUAGCACAUUGGAAGAUCUAAAUACCAGAAAUACUGACUUGCCUGUGACUAAGAGAGAUGAUUCUAAAGAACAUAGUGUUAACGAAAAUCUAGUGGAAGCUUCUGUUGAUCAAUCUGUGGAUGACAGGGAGCAGGAAGAUAAAUGUACUGGUUCACAAGUUGAUGCUGUGAUUCACUCCGUGCAGAACACUUAUGCAAGUAAUGCUUUGAUAGAUAGUCAAGAUACCACACAUUUAAAACAUGAUCUCAUUGAUGAAAAUGUGGACGGUUCAGCAAGUCAAAAUGUUGACUUGAGCCAAGAAGUUCAAACUGAUGGUCAGAACGUGAGUGAGAAUGCAGUUGUAAGUGUUACCUUGCUUGCACAGAAGAAUUCAGCCUUGGACGUGCAUUCUAAGGAAGAUGGACAUGCUAUUGGAAACAUUACGACUGCAGGUGAGCCUGUUGAUAGGAUAUCGAAAGGGAAUUCCAACCUCCAUAUGGUGGAAGGGUGCAGCGAGGGCUUGAGGGUAGAAAGUCCUUUGCGGACUAGCAUUUCCGAAGACAUUGUCUUGUCUGAAAGAAAAUUACAUGACAUAUCACCAAUGCCUUUUGUUGGUGAUACUGACCUUAAGGAACAUGGAAGUGAAGUCAGCAAUAUGGAUACUAGAAAUUCUAUGAGUCUAGAGUCAAAUAUGGAUUCAACGGUGCAGAUAGCAUGUGAUGCUCUAGAGAAGAAGGAUUCGUUAGACAGUGAUAGCCACCCUGAUAUGAAAAUCUUGAGCAGCAAGUCUGAAAAAUCUUUGGUAGUGGAUGAUAAUGGUUCUAAGCGUGAAGGUGAAGGUUCCCACAAUACUUUGGGAACAGAACCUAUGAAAGAAUGUGAAGAAAGUAUAGUCGUUGAACAUAGUGAUGAUUAUAAAUCUGAUCAGACUGUUUCAACUGCUGCAAAUCAGAACACCAAAUUGUCUUCCGAUUCUAGUAACACAGAUUGUGGGGAAGGUGGAUCUGUGCCUGUAAUAAAGGGAGUUGACUUCUCAUCCUCCGGUACAGGUGGCACAGCUGAUGAGUUAGCUUCGAUUUUACAAUCUGAUGUUGCCAUUAGUGGCAAGUCAAUGGAGUGUGUUCUUUCGCCUUCUGGUAAGGAUCUUCCUGCUGCUACUGCUGCUGUGUCUGAUCAAAACAAGGUUCAAGUGUCAUCUUCAGAAACAAGUUUCUCAAUCAUGAAUACUUCUGGAAUGACAUCGGAAAAGGGUGCACCUUGUGAGACUAGUGGACAGUCCUCUUGUAGUAAAGUUGAUCAGUCCUUGUCAAUGGAGGGUACUUCUAUUGAUGAGGGCCAACAUGGAGACCAGGCAAUUCAUGGACUGUCAGUGGAGGUUGUAAGGGAUAAGCAUGUAUCAUCUAUCGUCUCUGAUUCAACGGUGAGAGGAACUGAUGGUGCUGAAGCUCGAGUUAUUUCUAAAUCGGGUUCUUCAGAAGCUGCAGGUGCUGUAUCAAUACAACAAAAUAACCAGACAUCGACAAGUUCAUCGCCUUCAACUUCAAAGGAACCUACCUGUGAUUCUGGCCAAAAUCAUCCUGAAGAUAGUGACCCCAAAUUACUUAUAAAAGAGAAGAACAGUGAUCACGUUGCUAUGCAUCAUGUUGAUGGCGGUCAUGCAAAGACUGAUAACAGCUCCUUUCCUUCUGCACCCUCAUCUGAAUCUCAAACUAAGAUUCACAUGAUGGGAAGUGGAAGUAGUAGUGCCGAUCUUGACAAUCCUUCAUGUGGCUCUCCUAUUGUCAUUAGAACAUCUGAGCAGUUCCCAAUUAAAAUUGGAAAUGAUGAUUUGAAAGGAUCCGAGGGUCGGAGUGCUUCAAUUUCUGGGGUCAUUAAUGGGGAAGAGAACAAAGACCAAUCUAUUUCUGAGGAUAUGAAAAGAAAUUAUGCAUCUCCUGGAGACAAAACUUUCACCUUUGAGGUACCUCCAUUGGCAGAUUUGUCUGGAAAAGAAGCUGGCAAGAAUUGGCAACUUUUUUCUACCAUGCAACACGACACAAUAUCCUCGAAGGUCAAGGGAACACAAUCAACUGCUAGCUUAAGCAAAGUGGGUACCAAGGCUGCUCAGGAGGUGAGUCAUGCAAAUCUUCAGGCAUCUGAGAGUGAGAAUGUACGUGGUCGCUCCAAAGGGACGUCUGAGGGUAGUGGCUCCAAAGGGACCUCUGAGCGUAGAGCAAGGCGAGUAGGUGGUAAGAGUGCGGGGAAGGAAGCUACUAAAAAGGGAAUUGCUGCAAAAGAAAUGACUCCCGCAAGUCGAUCAAAAAGAAGUGCAUCACUCAGUUCAGCUGGAAUUGGCCAGCUUGUUCAAUCCAAUGAGGUGAAGCACUCUGGACAUACGGAAGGGGCAACCACGAAGCCAUUUGGUGUUCUUUCUACUUCAGUAUCUAGCCUGCCAGACUUGAAUGCCUCAGCUUCUUCAUCUGCAGUUUUCCACCAGCCUUUUACCGAUUUGCAGCAAGUUCAGUUACGUGCUCAGAUUUUUGUAUAUGGAGCUCUGAUUCAAGGAACAGCACCUGAUGAGGCUUAUAUGAUAUCAGCAUUUGGUGGACUUGAUGGUGGAAGAACCAUGUGGGAGAAUGCAUGGCGAGCAUGUAUAGACAGGGUACAUUCUCAAAAAUCUCAUCUUGUUAGCCCUGAAACUCCGAUGCAGACGCCUUUAGGUGCCAAAACUUCUGAUCAGUCAGUCAAACGAAAUGCACUUCAGAAUAAGGUUACAUCCUCACCUGUUAGUCGGUCCACCAGCAAGGGUACUCCAACAACAAUUGUAAACCCAAUGGUUCCCCUUUCAUCACCACUUUGGAGUAUUUCUACUCCUUCCUGUGAUGCUCUUCAAUCUACUGGCAUUCCGAGAAGUGCAGUUAUGGAUUAUCAGCAGGCACUUUCUCCAUUGCGUCCUCCACCUAUAAGGAAUUUUGUUGGACAUAAUGCUCCUUGGAUGUCCCAGUCCCCUUUCCGUGUACCCUGGGUUCCACAGACUUCUUCUUUUGAUGCUCGUUUUCCUGUGCUUCCUAUCACAGAAACAGUUAAUUUGACCCCUGCAAGAGAAGCCUCUGUGCCUCAUUCUUCUGCGAUGAAGCAGGCGUCCACAGUUCCUAUGGUCCAGAGUGGCUGUCCUGCUAAUGUUUUUGCUGGGACUCCCCUGCUUGACACAAAAAAGGCAACAGCAACACGUGGUCAGCAUUCUGCUGAUCCAAAGCCCAGAAAGAGGAAAAAGUCUACAGUUUCUGAGGACCCUGGGCAGAUUAAACCGCAUUCUCAAUCAGAGUCCGUUUCAGCUACUGUUGUGACUAGUAAUGUGUCUACACCAGCCGCUAUUACAACCCUUGCCACUGUUGUUUCCAAGUCAUCCACUGACAAAUUCGUUACAUCUGUCCCUGUUGACCAUCUUGAAAACGGUGAACAGGAUUCAGAUCAGAGGGUUGCUCUGUCUGAAGAGACCUUUGGUAAACUCCAGGAGGCUCAAAAGCAGGCGGAAGAUGCUUCUGCUCUUGCUGCAGCUGCUGUUCAUCACAGUCAAGAAAUAUGGAAUCAGUUGGGCAAGCACAAAAAUUCUGGUUUGGAACCAGAUUUUGAAACAGAAUUGACUUCCACUGCUGUGGCAAUAGCAGCAGCUGCUUCUGUUGCAAAGGCUGCAGCUGCAGCUGCCAAGGUUGCCUCAAAUGCUGCAUUACAAGCAAAAUUGAUGGCUGAUGAAGCAUUGGUUUCAAGUGGCUACAAAAAUUCUGUUCCAACUAAUGCAAUUGCUUCUGAUAAUGUCAAGAAGCUUGGCAAGGCUACUCCUGCAUCCAUCUUAAGGGGUGAAAACGCUACUAGUAGUUCAAAUUCCAUCAUAAUUGCUGCAAGGGAAGCUGCUAGGAGGAGGGUAGAAGCUGCAUCAGCUGCCUCAAAGCGAGCUGAAAACAUGGAUGCCAUUGUUAAAGCUGCUGAGCUGGCGGCGGAAGCUGUAUCACAGGCUGGGAAGAUUGUUGCUAUGGGUGAGCCUUUCCCAUUGACUGAAUUGGUAGAAGCUGGUCCUGAGGCAUACUGGAAAGUACCCCAAGCAUCUCCUGAGCCAAAUGGUUCUGUCAGAGAGCACAUAGACAGUGGUCGUGUGGAAGGCCCUACUUCAUCUGCUAGGCUUCCAAAAGAGGUUCAAGUAGAAAAGAGGGAAAAGCAAAGUGUUGAAUAUGGAAUGUCACCAACUCUUAGAGAGAUAGCUAGAGAGUCUAUAGAGGAUCAUUCUAGAUUAACAGGUGGAAUUUUGGGUCCUACUGCAGCAAGCGGAAAGGAUAAAAAGGGACCAAAAGGCCGCAAAGCUUCAGAAAUUGCCAAAACUAAAGGAGUCACAUCUGAAUCCGAAAUUGGGUUUGGACCACCUUCCGUGAUCACUCAGAGUGAACAUGGGAAAGGAGGGGAAACUUCAAAAAAUAACAAUUUAAGGGAGGGUUCCCGUGUUGAGGUACUGAGAGAUGGAGAUGGCUUAAAAGUAGCAUGGUUCCCAGCUGAUAUUCUGGAUUUAAAAGAUGGCAAAGCUUAUGUGUGUUACAACGAACUUCGAUCAGAGGAUGGUGAUAAGCUAAAGGAAUGGGUGGAACUUGAAGGUGAAGGGAAUAGAGCACCCAGGAUACGUACUGCUCGGCCUGUUACAGCCAUGCCAUUUGAAGGAACAAGGAAGAGGCGCAGGGCAGCUAUGGGUGACUAUAAUUGGGCUCCUGGGGAUAGGGUUGAUUCAUGGAUGCAGGAUAGCUGGUGGGAGGGAGUUGUCACUGAGAAGAGCCAGACGGAUGAAACAUCAUUUACUGUUCACUUUCCUGCUCGAGGUGAAACAUCUGUUGUCAAAGCAUGGCUUCUUCGUCCUUCUCUGAUUUGGAAGAAUGGUAGUUGGGUUGAAGGGUCCAGUUUUCAGGAUAAUAAUGGCUCUUCCCACGAGGGUGAUACCCCUCAGGAAAAGCGACCUAGGAUAGGCGGUCCUGUUGUAGAAGGCAGAGUGGAAGAUAAGCUCUCAAAAAGUUUAGACCUUAAGGAGUCUUGGAAACCUGGUGACAUGAGAUUGCUGGAUUUAUCUGACAACGAAAAAAUAUUUAAUAUUGGUAGAAGCACCAGAGAUGAGAAUAAGCCUGAUUCACUCAAAAUGGUACGUACUGGUUUAAAGAAGGAAGGAUCAAGAGUUAUUUUUGGUGUUCCUAAGCCAGGAAAGAAGAGAAAGUUUAUGGAAGUAAGCAAACAUUAUGUUGCAGAUCAGAGUGGUAAGACUCAUGAAAUAAGUGAUUCAGCUAAGUUUUCAAAAUAUUUGAUGCCUCAAGGAUCUGAGCCCCAUGAAAUGAAAAAUAAAAUUGAACCAAAGGAUAAACGAGCAGCUGUAUAUAGGCCUAAGGUUCUCAAGUCUGGAAAACUGCCUAGUGUUUCUAGUAGAACUAUUCAUAAGGACAGCUUAUCAAACACUCUGGUUUCUGAACCCGGUGAUUCUGCAGCUGCAGAUGUAAGCCAUGCGGAGAAUAUAUCAGGAAAGCAUAACAUCAUGGAGUUUAGAUCAUUUUCAAGUUCUGAUGGAGCAGCAAAAGGCCCGGUCUUAUUUUCUUCUGUGGCUUUCUCAUCAGAUGCUCCCCCAAAGAAAAAUUCAGCAUCAAAUGCUAAAUCUGAACGGGUUAGCAAACCGAAACUUGGACCAGCUUCUGGGAAGUUGGCCAAAAUUGAGGAGGAAAAAGGUUCCAAUGACAAUUCAAUGAAAACAGUAUCUGAAGUUGAACCUCGGAGAUCUAAUCGGAGGAUUCAACCAACGUCAAGACUCUUGGAAGGCCUACAAAGCUCAUUGAUCAUCUCAAAAAUUCCUUCUGUUUCGCAUGACAGAAGUCACAAAAGUCAAAACAGGAGUAGUAGAGGAAAUAACCAAGGGUGAGAGGGAGGGAGGUUGUUUUGCAACUUCUGAAUCCAGUGUCAACAACCGGUGUAGCUUUGUGUAAAUUACGAUUAGAGAGAAAAGCUGGGAAAGAGAAUGGCUUCUUGGGCAUUUGCGAUGUAGCUGUAUAACUGAUUUUUAGGUUUCCGUUAACAAUUAUAAUUAUAACCUUAUCUUUCUUGGCCA